AUUUAUAAGAUAAAAACGUUAUUUUAAUUAUUUCUUCUAUGUUAAGUUGACCCGUGUUCGCAUGUAAACACGUGUGCGGAGAGAAAAAAACUAAAAAAUAAAAAAUUUAGGAAUCAUAACCCAUAGGAGUGCUAUUAAAAAUCCAAAUGGUAAAUUUGUAUGCGCCAAAUAGACGCGACUGUGCCCUAGCCCCUAAUUUUCCCUUCCUCCGCAACUCUCUCCAACGUCGACUACCAGCGGCAGCAACUCUCCACAGGAUUUUUUCUCUCUCCGGUGUCUUCGACGGCGACUCCACCAAUAGGGUCAGGGAGUUAGAGGUUAAAGGGGGAGGGGAUAUGAUGCUGGUGGGUUUCGAGCACAGGCCAGAGGUCCCAAACAAUAGACGCCCUCCCGCUGGGCUAGCACCGCACCGGCCUUAAUUGUCUAUUUUUGUUUAUGAAAACUGCACCGGCCUUAAUUAUCUAUUUUUGUUUAUGACUUUGUUUGGUUCUUAAUUGCUUAAUUGAUAGAAUUGAAGUAUUUGUGUGUAGUAUUUCUUUUGGGAGGUUAGAUUUAUGGUCUUGUGGAUUUUGAAUAUAUACAUUAUUUCUUAGGUGUAUCCUCCCGUGUCCGUGUGCAAUUUUUCUGAAAUUUUCUGUGUCGCCGUGUCCGUGUCGUGUCAUACCCCUAUCCUGUGUCCGUGCUUCAUAGUAAAUAAAUAACCACUAAGUGUAAAUAAUUUGUGAGUUCACUAGGUUUACAUGACACCUUUCAUCUUGGCCACCCUUGGUAUCUAAAUGGUUGGACACAAUUCUCAUAUGAGCUAUGCUUUUAAAGGUCAAACCACCUGACCUACCGAAAGGUGUUGGAUUGACGCGACAGACACAACUGUCUAAAUCAAAUGGUCACUUUAAUUAAUUUUAAUGCAAGAGAGUGAUAAUUAAUUUCCCUUUUUCUUUUAAAGAUGAUAAAUUUAGAAUUAUAAAAUAUUACGCCAAAUGGGAGGAUGGCUUAAUUUUUAAAGUCAAUAAAAUUUCAUAUUUUCUAAAUAGAAAUAAUUUUUUUUCUACCUAAAGAUAAUUAAAUUUGAAAGAUAACAUAAAAGCGCAUGUAUAUAAUAUAAUAUUUACAAACCCUAACCCCUAAUUUAUCUCAAUGCCGGCUAUCCCUUCAGCAAAACCCAACGCACGGCCCCUCCUCUAUUUGUCUGUCCGCCGUCAUCUUCUCUGGCAAAGCAUCACCUCUUUUUUCUCUCUACAACAUUCACCUUCUAGAUGGAGUAGAGAUGAAAGAUUGUUCCUCACAACAGCAUCGCAAUGAUUUAAGGACGAAAUUGAAUGAUGAUGAACGCUAGCUUCUUCCAAUAUGGCCGGAGUCGAUCAUAUUAUGAAGAAAUUCAGGACACUUUCUUUUUCAAGUAGAAGAUCGAGGGUAAGCAACAUACCUUAUCUUCCUGAAGGGAUCAUAUUCAACAUCUUGGUUUUGCUUCGUGCUGAGAUUCUGUUCAAUGUGAUGAGAUAUGUUUGCCGAGAGUGGUAUAACAUUAUCAACAACCCCCAUUUCAUUAAUGCACACCUUCAAAGAUCAACGAAACUCCUCCUUGUGCAACACGAUGAGCAUCGAAAAGUGAUCUAUAUUGCGGAGACUAACAAUAGCAAUGUUAGGUUAAGAAAAUUAAGAUAUGGAUUCUCUACCCAUAUUCUUUCUACUUGUGAUGGCUUAGUUUUGUUUCGUCACGACAAGAAUGAACUUCUACUCUGUGUUGCAAAUCUUAUUACCAAGCAUUUACUUACCCUCCCUCCAUUUCUAGAACCUAUUUUAUAUUCUAAUCCUACUGUUUUAGUAUAUGAUCCUUCUGUCAGGAGAUACAAAGUUGUCCAUCUCUUUCGUGUUAACAACCAUCAAUAUAAGUGUGCAAUAUUAACUGUGGGUUCUGAAACUGCGUGGAGGCUGAUUGAUACUAAACCUAUUCCAAAUACUAAUCCGCUUUUCAUUGAUCCUGCACUAUUUGCUGGAGGAUAUCUUUAUUGGACUUCUACGGCUAAUGCUGCUACUUAUCUUCUAGCUAUGGAUGUUGAAGCUGAAAUAAUGUACCAGCUUCCACUUCCGACGUUCUUCAAUUUAUCUGGUGAUUUUUUAGUGAGGGAAAGUGUACUCACUUUCAUAUUCGGCGUAACGGAUUAUGUUUGGGAGGCUUGGGCAUUGAUAGAUUUAAAGACAGGAGACUGGACCAGUCUUUUUAAAGUUGACUUGAGAGGUCGACGUGGCGCGCGUAGUAGAAUUCCUCAGCGCAAUUUAGGAUGGUGUAAUAUGUUUCCUAUUGUCUGGUUAAAAAAUGGAGAGUUGGUGAUCUUUCGUUCUGGAAAUCCAUACAGAAAUUACAUUGUUUAUAACAUCAAGACAGAUGAAAUUACUUCAUUUACAGGGGGGAAAUAUGACGUAUUAUCCAGGAACUCGCAUCAUGCCCAUGUCAACAGCUUGGUUUCGUUGAAGGGAUGCUAGCUAUCCUUUUAUAUCAACAGCUUGGUUCCAUGUCAACAACUUGGUCAGCAAUUGGGAAUUUGCUAUAUAUCUCCACUCCACCCAUCCCAGGCUUUUGGAUUGCUCAUCAAAAGCAGGAUAGAAGAUUUAGUCUGCAUAUUACAAGCUAUUGUUUCUGUUCAACCUUUUCCUUUGAUAUAAAUAUGGACUUUUUUUAAUGUUUCUGAAUUUAUAUAUGAUAGGGUAAAGUGCAUUAAACCCUCUUGAACUA